AUGCUGCUUCCUCCCACCGAUCCGUACCUUUCGACCGCAAACACGCAAUCAACGUUCGAAACCAUGGGACAUACGUGGCGUACGCCUUCUCCAAGCAGAGAGGCUUACAUUAGCUCUAGCAACGUCAACUCGCCGCAGGUCGUACCUGAAGCUCACGAUGAUCUCUCCGAUGAGUAUUCAAGCUAUCAGCGACGCGUUGAGAGCCGCGCUUCUGGUACUGCGGCGGUGGAGACUGCAAAGCAUAAUCAACGACGCGACGCAGCAUUGUCACGUCUCUACAACGUGUUCGACGGCAAGAGUGACUCCGGCGACCAGAAGCCAUACAGUCAGACUGUUAGCGCCAACAGCGAGGACGGAAGUGUAGGGAAGCCUGAGCAGCCAUCCACGCCCAAGAAGAACCGCGUUCCGCUCCUUUGGCACGGACUACCAUCCCCAGAAACGCCGACGUUUCACAACUAUACACGAGCUAUCCCUUCAGCUAGCUCUGCGCAAGAGGAGCUAUCAUGGCAGACUUCCCUCGAGGAGGCCAAGAACGACGUUAAAACUGCCCUAGUGACGGCAAAUCACACUACCAAUACGUUUUCGGUACCGGCGCAGUCUCCUAUUGACGGAGACAAUGCGAACGAUGACGGGUUAAAGCCUAUAAUCUCCCAGACUCCCAAGGAUGAUACCGGGGCUGAUGCAAGACUGGCUCGCGAACUUGAAGAGUCUCUGAACCCGACGGCCACACGUCGCAGUACCAGACUGCGCACACAGCCCAAGCCAUCGUCGCCAAAGGCUGCUCGCAAGGUUCUCUCCCCAGUGGUAGCAUCGGAAACCGUACCCCAGUCAGAGCUUAGCCUCGAGCCUAUCAAAGCCGACCCGCUUCCCUUCGAAGGCCUGCCAACCGUCCAUUCGCUGUCGUGGCAGUUGCAGUACCCACCGGGUGGCAGCACGCACCCUUGCUACCCAUAUCCCUCUCUGGACCCUCGUCUGCUCUUCCACCAAGCCUUUGUCCCAAUCAUCGGCGGCUUACCUGACUUCACCUUAGUUCAGAAGCUCGUGCUUCCAAUGGGGUGGAAGCACGUAUCAUGGUCCGGUCUUCUGCCCAUCGCCUUCGAUCCGUAUCGCCAAGCGUUCAAGCUCACACCAGUUGGGCCGAUGCCGCUUACGUGCGAAGAAUCUCAUCAACAAGGCUUGCACAAGUAUGUACCAGGUGGUGAACUACACCCUGAGUACGGACUGGUACCCGAGAUGCUCAAACUUAGCGACGGAAGCGACACCGAUGUUUUCAACUUCGACAGUGUUGAUUGGGUCUUGCCGUGGAAGGGCCAGAUAGACUUCCACGCCCCGUCCAAUGCCACCAACGAGCAGCUCGGCAGCUAUGAGAUUACCAGCCCCGUUGGCUCCGACACUUUCGCGCCUGUUGUCACAUAUUCAUGGAGCGAAGCCCGCGAUUGCCCAGACAAGGUAUUCGACAUCUGUGAUGCGUGGCGCUGGCUAUCAUCCAAAGAGGCCAACCCUGAGGUGGAUUUCAUCCCGACACCUGAUAUGAACUGGCGAGGGACUGGCGCAAUGCGCUCACAACGUAGACUCAAGUCACCCAUUCCUGAGCUGAUGAUGCUUGCCAUGCAAUCGGACCCGACUACAUCGGAGAGCAAGCACGUCGUAUUGCUUCAGAACCAAGAUCGUGGAGCCAAGGGUAAGAACCAGUUUUGCGCGUUCAAGAGUGUCGCGACAUCCGUCAUGGUCGACAUGGCCCUCCUUGGCGACACCGAGUUCACGACCAUGGAGCUACUGUCGUACUUUCCUCAACACUACUACUGGGGUCAUGCAGCUGAGCGAUUGACAAGGGCGGGUGUGACUGGAACCCUGAUACGGGAUUUCCUUAUCAUGACGCGAGGGCUUCAGGGCGAUGAGAUCAUGAUGGCAAAUAGUAUUGCACAGGCAGCUAAGGUUGCCAAGAAGAGGGAUUGCGUUAAGGUCGAAGAGAUGGAUAUUGAUGAGGCCGGGAAGGAUACACCAUCACCUACACCCGCUCCGGUCAUCGAUUCCACGGUUGUCGACUUGACUUCGAGCUAUACUGCUGAAGGGUGGAUCUACGAUGUAUGGGAGAAGAUCGACUACCCGCUUCUUGCCCUCACCCAUGGCUUGCAGUCGUUGCCUACAGGUGUGGAUGCCGGUCCGCUGACCGCACUCAUACUCUGGUGCCGAGAGAAAGGUCGGUACAAAGCCAUGCUUAGCGAAGUUCCAGCGCUGCUGAAGGAGGCAAACAUUGAGCCGCUGAUCGAGCCUGGCGAGAAUGGCUGUCCAGAUAAAGAAGUCGCAGGUAGACAUGCUGGGGCACUGAAGAAGGACAGGCUAAGGGUGGUUAGAGAUGCGGGUGUUAGCAAGAGGGCACUGGAUGGUAGUGUUGGUGGGACUCAAGGAAAGAGAAGGAGGGCUGAGUAG